AUGAAGACACCUUCCGUGCUUGUAGCCUUAGCUUUGUUGGUAUUCGUGAAAGAUGCCUGGUGCAGACGACAUUUUCAUGGCCAUAAAUCAAAAUAUGGUCAAAAAAUUGUUGGCGGUUAUAACAACACUAUCGACAAUGUACCGUAUAUAGUGUAUUUACUAAUGCAAAGUCCAAAAAACGAAUAUUACCAAUGUGGAGGUUCCAUAAUAAGUGAUAGAUAUAUCUUGACGGCCGCUCAUUGCGUACAAGGUAUGGUAAAAGCGAUCAUCAGGGCUGGUAGUGCCGAUGCUGAUAGCGGAGGCACCCAAUAUACUAGUAGCGCUUUACUAUCACAUCCAUCGUAUAACUCCAGAAAUUACGAUCAUGAUGCCGCCCUUAUACGGACCACAAGACGGAUACGUAUUGAUGGGAAGACUGUAAAGGCAAUACCAUUGGCUGAUGAUGGGUGUGAUGUCAGUUCAGGAACCAACGUUUUGGUUUCAGGAUGGGGAGCAACUUCUGAAAAUGGUGACGUCAGCUCUGAUCUCAUGUCAGUCCAAGUGCAAUCUGUUUCAAGAGACGUUUGCCAACAACAACUUGGUUAUAGCGUUACUGAUUGUCAAUUUUGUGCCGGUGUUCCCGAAGGUGGUAAAGAUUCUUGCCAGGGUGAUUCAGGGGGACCGGCUGUUCAAGUAGCUUCUUCGCGGGGAGGUACAUCACAGAGAUCAUGUCCAACAGCUACAGGAGCUCAAAUUGGAAUUGUAUCUAAUGGAGUUGGUUGUGCCAGACCAGGUAAACCAGGUGUUUAUACAAAAAUAUCUUGUUCUACCGUGCGUUCUUGGAUAAAACUUACUGCCGGUGUUUAA